CAUGGGGAUUCUACAUUCUUCCUAGCUUCAGUCUCCCAUGUUAGGGUGAUCAACUCAGCAAACAGAAGUUUGUCACCCUACUUGUGAUUCAUCUUGGGAAAAGUUUCCAAAGAAGCCCCCAGGAAGUUGCACACCACAUACUUACUGUUGGCAAAGAAUUUGGUGCCUUUUGGAAAGUCCCACUUCAUCAACCCUAUGUGUGAAGUGUUCUCUGAUACUGUUGACCCACCUUGUGAAACAGAAAGGAGUCAGGAUCAGUCUGCUAACCCAACUGCCACAUCAGUCUCAAAAGGCAACAACCUUGUAGAAGCUCAUCUGUGCCUGGAUCAGCCCUGGAGGAAGGAUGCAGCAAUCACAGGAAUGUUGAAAAAGCACCACCACAGCCAGACUAAGCCUUUCUCCAGGCCAUCCUUUUGGUGGCUGUGACUUGGCCAUUCCUCACCUAGAUUCUUUUUACUGACUUCCUGCAGCAAAAGGAGAUUGUCAAGGCUCUGCUACAUUUGUAUUAUUACCAAGAGGCAGAUGGUUUCUCUUUUCCCCUGGGGUUUAGAAUUAUGCAAAUGAAGGCACAAAAACAAAAGCUCAGCUACUGGGGGAGGAUUGCUGUUAAGAAUCUAGGCAAUUCUCAGAGCUCUUUGAGACACCCCUCUCAGUUUUUACUAACAGCUCACUUGGCUCCUCUUCAGUCUAUUUAGAGUUUGGCACCUCUUCAGAACCUUCCAACCAAAGACCUGAAAGUUCGUUCCAAAGUUCCCACCCUGGCCUCAUUUUUCAAGUGGAGAAAUCAAGGCAUAUAAUAUGGGUCAGUGGGCUGACCUUGAGUCUUGACACCCCCUCUAGCUUUUUCUUUCUCCCUUCUGCUACAAACAGUCUCGCUUGGAAAGGAAACUCUAUGGCCCGAUUGCCUCCCAGUCUGUCCCCCACCCAACAGUAACAAAAUCUGGAGGGCAAUAGGACCUAGGGAGAUUCAACCCUGAGGCCGAGAGAGACACACCUGCUUAACCGCGUGGGUUGAGCGAGUGUGGGAGCGAGCUAGUUAGGGAGGGAGGGGUAGAAGUGGGCGUCUGCUGCUCUGGGGCAAGAGGAAAGCUGUAGCCCUCUCCAGGGUUCGGGGGUCGUGAUAAGAAAUCCUUCUAAAGGUUGGCCCAAGCCCUCUUUUGUUGCGCCUCUACGCACCGAGCAUCCUAAAUCUGCUCGCCCUGGAAGUCGCAGACUGGUUUUGUUUGGUCCCAGCUGUCUCUCCCAUUCCUCUCACCCCCGCCCUCCGUGUGCCUUAGUUCCUGAAGUCACCGAUCUCUCACAGCUGGAACUGCGGGCCGGCAGGACCCCGGCAGCAGACGGCGCCCAAGAGUUUGGUGACAAUUGUCCGGCCGGGUUGUCACUCCGCACGUCGUGUUUUUCGCUAGCAAAGUUUCUCGGUGGAAAAGAAGCCCCUCCAGUUUUCUCUGGAUCCUGUAGCAGACGCGCACGCCACUUCGCUCCCCGGUGACUGCCUUGGGGAUGAGGCUGUGGCUCUGCUCCUGCCCCUGGUCGGGCUGCCUUGGGCGCGGAGCUUGGGGAAUCCGAGAAGCCUACGUGAGAACCUUUGACUAAGCGCGAGUCCGGAGAGAGCGCCGGCGAGCAGGCGAGCUAAUAGCCGCAGCUUAGCAAUAGCUAAGUACCUGGGCACUGAACUGAAUCCAGAAGGGACGUUCAGGCUGCAAUCCCCACUUCUGCCCUGGCUCAGUUCUCGGCCGAUUUGUGAGAGCACACUGGUCAGGGCUCCUUGAGAGCAGCUGCUGAGUGUGGGUGCCCCCGACAGACCGGCCUGCCCCGCUGCCUAGAGGGCUGCGAAAGGCGGAACCGCCACCGAAACAGCAGUUCCCAUGGCUCCUUACACGACUGGAAUUGGACCCCUGACUGGGCGCUAAGGUGUUUGUUUUUGCCUUGUCCAAAUUCCACAGCACGUGUGUUGACGACUGGAAUCCCGGCCUAAUCAAGAGUCAAGUUCAAAGUGGUACUCCUGGAUCCUUCAUCUCAGACUCCAACAAGUCUAAUUUGAGACUAGAUGAGAGGGAUCUCCUGCUCUAACUAGAAUUGGACUUGACAGCCUUCCUCACCAAUACUUGGACUGCAGCUGUUGCACGUUCUUUGGGGGGUGGGGGAGGGGCGGUAGUGCUCUGAAAACCAGACCACGACAGUUGGAACCUCAACAAUGGACCAAGUUUUUGAAAUUCCCGAAGAGCCAAACGUGGAGCCGAUAUCCUCUCUUGAGGAAGAUGUCAUCCAUGGGGCCAACCCCCGAUUUACCUUUCCAUUUGGCAUCCUCUUCUCCACCUUUUUGUACUGUGGAGAGGCAGCAUCUGCCUUGUAUAUGGUUAGAAUCUACCGGAAGAAUAGUGAAACCUACUGGAUGACAUACACUUUUUCUUUCUUUAUGUUUUCAUCCAUCAUGGUCCAGUUGACCCUCAUUUUUGUCCACAGAGACCUGGCCAAAGACAAACCACUAUCAUUGUUUAUGCACCUAAUCCUCUUGGGACCUGUUAUCAGAUGUUUGGAGGCCAUGAUUAAGUACCUCACACUGUGGAAGAAAGAGGGGCAGGAGGAGCCCUAUGUCAGCCUCACCCGAAAGAAGAUGCUAAUAAAUGGCGAGGAGGUGCUGAUAGAAUGGGAGGUGGGCCACUCCAUCCGGACCCUGGCUAUGCACCGCAAUGCCUACAAACGUAUGUCACAGAUUCAAGCCUUCCUGGGCUCAGUGCCCCAGCUGACCUAUCAGCUUUAUGUGACUCUGAUCUCUGCAGAGGUCCCCCUGGGUAGAGCAGUGCUCAUAGUCUUUUCCCUGAUAUCUGUCACCUAUGGGGCUACCCUCUGCAACAUGUUGGCCAUCCAGAUCAAGUAUGAUGAAUACAAGAUUCGCCUUGGGCCACUAGAAGUCCUGUGCAUCACCAUUUGGCGGACAUUGGAGAUCACCUCCCGCCUCGUGAUUCUCGUGCUCUUUUCAGCCACCUUGAAGUUGAAAGCUGUGCCCUUCUUACUGCUGAACUUCCUGAUCAUCCUCUUUGAGCCUUGGGUGAAGUUCUGGAGGAGUGGUGCCCAGAUGCCCAAUAACAUUGAGAAAAAUUUCAGCCGAGUGGGCACCCUGGUGGUGUUGAUUUCCGUUACUGUCCUCUACGCUGGCAUCAACUUCUCUUGCUGGUCAGCUUUGCAGUUGAAGUUAGCAGAUAGGGACCUUGUUGAGAAAGGACAGAACUGGGGACACAUGGGCCUGCACUAUAGUGUGAGAUUGAUAGAGAAUGUGAUCAUGGUCUUGGUUUUUAAGUUCUUUGGAGUUAAAGUGUUACUGGAUUACUGUCAUUCCUUGAUUGCCUUGCAGCUCAUUAUUGCUUAUCUGAUUUCCAUUGGCUUCAUGCUCCUGUUCUUCCAGUACUUGCAUCCGUUGCGCUCACUCUUCACUCACAAUGUAGUGGACUACCUCCACUGUGUAUGCUCCCAUCGACACCCUCAGGGCAGAGUUGAGAACUCAGAGCCAUCUGCUGAUGCUGAAGCAAGGCAAAGCAUUGCCUGAUUCUGUCUUUCAGAUAUUUGGGGAUGGGUUGGGGGAUGCCAAGACCAGCUGUAGAACUGAAGGAGAUGAUGAGGCUCUUGGGUGAAUAUCUACCAGGAUAUUUUUUUGAGUUUUCUGGUAAGCCUAUCAGAAGAAAGAGCAGCCCUCAAGUAGAUUUUAUUUCCUUAAGAUUGACUGCUAUGUUUGAACAGCAAGGUAACUACUACAUAUCUGGGAGGGUCAGAGAUGUCAUUCAUAUUCCAUCCACCCUGGUCAGCUGUCUGGCUGCCCUGUGAGAUACCUUAUAUCUAUGCACCUAAGGCUGUCUGUGACUUUUAAGCUCUGCUCAUUCACUUGAGCAUUACUGAGCUUUCUGUGGACUGAACUGAAUGACUCAGAAUCCCACCAGAAUAUAUCCUGACUGAACAGAGGAUGUGACUGCUUACAACCUAUGGGUACUGCCCAGGAAACUGUUUGACUAAUGUGGAACCUGUAACUGUGAACAUGGCUGGAGUCUUUCAAUUCCAAUGAGAAACAGUGAUUAAGAGGUAAACCCCCACUAUUGAAAGAGCUGUCCCACAAAUGAGUUAGCUCUCCUUUAGGACUUUACUAGUGAUCAUUCAUCAGGGAUCUUUUUUUCCAAGCAGCCCUUCAAAGACACACUAUGAGGAGGGAGUACAGAGUAGUAUUCAUUCAAGGCAUAAAGCAGCAUGACUUUAUCUUAGGGACCUGCAUGAGCCUCCAGUGUGCUGAGUGGAGUGGUUGAGUCAAAGCUCUUACUUCUUGCCUCUUUAUCAAGGUUUCCCUCCAACCUGGCUUUGUUGUGCUCUUUGACCAAUACUGAUGUAGAUCUCAGAGAAGUUGAACUGUAAUUGAAAAUGUUUCUAAUGUGUAGAAGAAAUGAAAAUUGCU